CUUUUUCGCGAAACAAAAUCCGAGCAAAUUCCUCAUCCGAAGCCGAAGUGGUCUUUUCUGAGCAAAUUUCUUUAGAUUUACACUCUGCCUUCUUAAGCCAUUUCUUUCUUCUUUUCUCUUUCCCAUAAAUUUCAUCACAGCUUUGAGAUUCCGGAUCCAAAUUACAGGAAGGUAACACUUAGUUAUCAUUGAAUUAAAUGACCCUUUCUCCAUCCAUACGUAAAUGUUUUACGUAUGCAUUCAUGGUAGACAUAGCGGCAGUUGCAUUCUGAUCCGCCUGCAUCCGGAUUCUUAAAAUGGGUCAAUCUCUAUCUUUGUUGUAUCUAAGAUACAAUGAAAUGAAAAAGAGGGUUUGGUUCCACAGGCUCCAAUUUGAGUGGCCAUGUUAGAAAAAUUAUGAUGGAUUACUUGUUCAUGUAGCUGGAAUUUAGAAUCAGAAAGCAAUUGAGCUCUGUUCCAUUGUCGACUAUAGCAUUCUAAAUGGGGGUAGAUGACCCCAAAGAGCUUGAUACAAGUCUCAAUGGAGGGGUGGGAUCACACACAGAUGUCCACGACAGAGAUGAAAAUGCAGUACUCGAGAUGGAAAGCAAUAGUGAACAUAGUAUAGUUUCACAAGGACUUGUUGCUGAAGUCACAGUGUUAAACGAUGAUGUCAUUGAGCAUGCUUCACUGCAAGAUCAACAUAAUAGUGUGCCCGAAUCAAAUGAUUUUCAAAUUCGAGGCUCUGGAUAUGUGACACAUUCAUCGGAUGGAAGUGAGCAAAGUGCUGAAUUUUCCUCUAGGCUUAGUUCUGAUGCAAUUCUUGAGACACAUAUUCACCAUAAUGUUCCAAGCCACGGAUUGGAUAGGUCAUCUACUUCCACCGAUGAUGCAGCAGUGUCUACGAAUGAGGAUACCGAGGAUGUCUCUAAUGACCCACCUCAAAAGCCCAAACUGAAACAGGUCACUUCAAACGUUUCCCCGGAGCUCUUGCAUUUAGUGGAUUCUGCUAUUAUGGGAAAGCCUGAAAGCUUGAAUGAGCUGAAGAAUAUUGUGAGUGGUGCCAAGAAUUUUGGAAAUGGGGAGGAUGUUGAGACUAUUCCCUUUUUGGUUGUUGAUUCACUUCUUGGUACAAUGGGUGGUGUUGAGUCUUUUGAGGAGGAUGGUGAUAACAAUCCACCCAGUGUGAUGUUGAACUCUAGAGCUGCAAUUGUGGCAGGUGAGCUCAUUGCUUGGCUUUCUCCUGUAGGGGAUAUUGCAGGUCUCAUGUCUCCCAGAACCCGGAUGGUAAGAGGGCUGCUUGCUAUUUUGCGUGCUUGCACUAGAAAUAGAGCAAUGUGCUCCGCAGCUGGUUUACUAAGUGUUUUACUGCAGUCAGCCGAAAAGCUUUUUCUUCUAGAUGGAACUACAAAUGAUCAAGUGACGUGGGAUGGGACUCCUCUAUGCUCUUGCAUUCAACACUUAGCUGGACAUUCUCUAACAGUAAAGGAUCUGCAUAGAUGGUUUGAAGUAAUCUCAAGUACCAUUUAUACUAAAUGGGCAUCACGUUUGAUGCUUUCUUUGGAGAAGGCCAUAGAUGGAAAAGAGUCAAAGGGUCCAUCAUGUACCUUUGAGUUUGAUGGGGAAAGUUCUGGUUUACUUGGUCCCGGGGAGAGUCGCUGGCCUUUCACUAAUGGCUAUGCGUUUGCAACAUGGAUCUACAUUGAGUCGUUUGCUGACACUCUUAAUACUGCCACUGUUGCUGCUGCAAUUGCUGCUGCCGCAGCUGCUACAUCAGGGAAAUCAUCUGCCAUGUCAGCUGCAGCCGCUGCCAGUGCCCUAGCAGGUGAAGGCACAGCCCACAUGCCAAGGUUAUUCAGCUUCUUAUCUGCUGAUAAUCAAGGGAUGGAAGCAUACUUCCACGCACAGUUUUUAGUGGUUGAAUGUGGUAGUGGGAAAGGAAAGAAAGCUUCUUUACACUUUACCCAUGCAUUUAAGCCACAAUGUUGGUAUUUUGUUGGUCUUGAACACUCUUAUAGGCAAGGGCUUCUAGGAAAAGCUGAGAGUGAGCUAAGGCUGUAUAUAGAUGGCUCCUUGUAUGAAAGCCGUCCAUUUGAUUUUCCAGGAAUCUCGAAACCACUUGCAUUUUGUUGCAUCGGUACUAAUCCUCCUCCAACCAUGGCUGGUCUACAACGGCGCCGUCGACAGUGCCCUUUAUUUGCAGAGAUGGGUCCUGUAUAUAUUUUCAAAGAAUCAAUUGGACCGGAUAGAAUGGCACGUUUGUCCGCGAGAGGGGGGGAUUUGCUCCCUUCUUUUGGUCAUGCAUCCACCACACCUUGGCUAGCGACAAAUGACCAUGUCCAGAAACUUGCAGAGGAAAGUGCUCUUUUAGAUGCAGAAAUCGGUGGAAGCCUUCAUCUCCUCUAUCAUCCUAGCUUGCUUAGUGGGCGGUACUGUCCAGAUGCUUCUCCACAUGGCAUAGCAGGCCUUCACCGAAGGCCUGCAGAAGUUCUUGGACAAGUUCAUGUUGCUACAAGAAUGCGUCCUGCUGAAUCUAUAUGGUCUUUGGCUUAUGGAGGCCCAAUGUCACUGCUUCCCUUGGCAGUAAGCAAUAUGCAUGAGAGUAGCUUGGAACCUCAACAUGGUGACCUUUCUUUGUCAUUGGCAACCACUUCUCUUGCUGCUCCUAUAUUUAGAAUUAUCUCUAUGGCUAUUCAGUAUCCUGGAAAUAAUGACGAAUUAAGUCGCAGAAGAGGGCCUGAAGUCCUGUCAAAAAUUUUGAAUUACCUUUUGCAAACCUUAUCUGCACUUGAUGUUGGGAAGCGUGAUGGAGUCACAGAUGAGGAACUUGUUGCAGCAGUUGUCUCUUUAUGUCAAUCACAGAAGCACAAUCACACACUGAAGGUGCAGCUAUUCAGUACAUUGCUGCUGGAUCUGAGGAUAUGGAGCUUAUGCAGCUAUGGUUUACAGAAAAAGCUACUAUCUUCUCUUGCAGAUAUGGUCUUCUCAGAGUCAUCUGUGAUGCGCGACUCUAAUGGUAUUCAGAUGCUUCUAGAUGGUUGCAGGAAAUGCUAUUGGACUAUUUGUGAAAGUGACUCUCUUAAUACAUUCUCCAUAUCUGGAGAAACACGACCUGUUGGUGAAAUCAAUGCUUUAGUUGAUGAACUCUUGGUUAUUGUUGAACUUCUAAUUUUGGCUGCUCCACCAUCGCUAGCCACAUAUGAUAUCAAUUGUUUGCUUGGUUUCAUGGUUGACUGUCCUCAGCCAAAUCAGGUUGCACGCGUCUUGCAUCUCAUUUACAGGCUGGUGGUACAACCAAAUGUAUCCCGCGCUCAGACCUUCGCUAAAGCUUUCCUGUCAUGUGGGGGUAUAGAAACACUUCUUGUCCUGUUGCAGCGCGAAUCAAAAGCAGGAGACCGUGAUGAUCUAGACAGUCCCUCAGUUCAGAAUGAUAAUCUUGUUUCAACUCAAGAAACAGAACUAGGCAGUGAAUGUCUGGGGUUGGAAGAUAGUCAACCUGAUGAAACCGGUGGCACAAAGGAAAGUGAUAAAAGUCCACAUGAAAGGGAAUUUGAACCUGGGACUUUUAGCAGUGGAGGUUCAUAUGCUUCGGUUAGGUCUGACAUCAGAAAGACACAAUCACUAUCUGAGAAUGCUUUUGUGAAGAAUUUGGGUGGAAUAAGUUUUUCAAUAAGUGCAGAAAAUGCACGGAAUAAUGUAUACAACAUUGAUAGAAGAGAUGGUAUUGUUUUAGGAAUUAUCAAUCUCUUGGGCACUUUAGUUUCAUCAGGAUAUCUUAAACUUGGUAUGCAUGAGCAUACAGACGUGACAAACAACUCACAGAGUUUGUUUGAGGGAGGUGGCACAAUGUUUGAUGAUAAGGUUUCCCUUCUACUUUUUGCUUUACAAAAAACUUUCCAAGCAGCACCAAAUAGGCUUCUGAGUAGCAGAGUAUACAGAGCUUUAUUGGGUGCCUCGAUGAAUGCUUCAUCAACUGAUGAGGGAUCAAACUUUUAUGACUCUGGCCAUCACUUUGAGCACGUACAGCUUUUGUUGGUUCUUUUACGCUCACUUCCAUACGCCUCAAUGACAUUGCAAUGCCGAGCACUGCAGGAUCUUUUGAUUUUGGCUUGCAGUCAUUCUGAAAAUAGAAACACUCUCAUUAAGAUGGAAGAAUGGCCUGAAUGGAUUUUAGAGAUUUUCAUUUCAAACCAUGAGACAGGGACAAGUAAAAGUGCCAAUCCGUCCAGCUUAAGGGAUGUUGAAGAUGUCAUACACAAUUUUCUGAUUAUCAACUUGGAGCAUUCAAUGCGCCAGAAGGAUGGAUGGCAGGACAUUGAAGCUACAGUUCAUUGUGCAGAAUGGCUUUCUAUGGUGGGUAGUUCUAGCACUGGUGAUCAAAGAAUCAGGCGGGAAGAAUCAUUACCGAUUUUCAAAAGAAGGCUGUUGGGAGGCUUGCUUGAUUUUGCUGCGAGGGAAUUGCAGGUUCAGAGUCAAGCAAUUGCUACAGCAGCAGCUGGUGUAGCGGCAGAAGGGUUGUCACCCCGGGGUGCUAAAAUCGGUGCGGAAAAUGCGGCUCAACUUUCUGUUAUCUUGGUUGAGAAUGCAAUUGUGAUUUUGAUGCUUGUUGAAGAUCAUUUAAGGCUGCAAAGCAAAAUUUACAGUGCUUCACGUUUUCCUGCUGAUUCUGUUUCUCCGCUUUCAAUUGUUAUGCCUGUUGGUAAUCAAUCUACAAGAUCAUCGGCGGACAUUGGUGGGCUCUCAAUUGAUGUUCUUGCAUCAAUGGCUGAUGCAAAUGGUCAAAUUUCUGCAUCCAUGAUGGAAAGACUUACUGCAGCUGCUGCUUCUGAACCUUAUCAAUCAGUUUCUUGUGCAUUUGUAUCAUAUGGGAGUUGUGCUGUAGAUCUGGCCGAGGGAUGGAAAUACAGGAGCCGCUUAUGGUAUGGAGUGGGUUUACCCUCUAAUGCCACCCACUUUGGUGGAGGUGGCAGUGGUUGGGAAGCUUGGAGUUCUGCAUUGGAAAAGGACUCGAACGGAAAUUGGGUUGAACUCCCCCUAGUUAAGAAAUCUGUUGUGAUGCUUGAGACUUUGUUAUUAAAUGAGUCCGGAAUUGGUGGCGGUCUUGGUAUUGGAGGAGGAUCAGGUACCGGAAUGGGUGGUAUGACAGCAUUGUAUCAUAUGUUAGAUAGUGACCAACCUUUUUUAUGUAUGCUGCGAAUGGUACUUGUUUCGCUAAGGGAAGAAGAUGAUUGUAAAGACCACAUGCAUAAGAGUUACAUAGAUUCAGAUUGUUCAUCAGAGACAUCGGAUGGACAGACCAUCAAUAUGGAAAUGCUAGACAGCAACGCUAGUAUUUCAUCAAGAAAACCACGAACUUCAUUGUUGUGGAGUGUGCUUUCACCUAUUCUGAACAUGCCACUUUCUGAGUCCAAGAGACAGCGGGUGUUGGUCGCGUCUUGCAUUCUUUAUUCUGAGGUGUGGCAUGCUGUUGCUAGAGAUCGAAACCCUCUGCGUAAACAAUAUCUGGAGGCUAUUUUGCCUCCAUUUGUUGCCAUUUUAAGGAGAUGGAGACCCCUUUUGGCUAGAAUUCAUGAACUUGCUACUUCAGAUGGUCUGAAUCCUCUUGCUGUUGAUGAUCGUGCGCUGGCUGCAGAUGCCUUACCAAUUGAGGCGGCUCUGGCUAUGAUCUCUCCAAGCUGGGCUGCUGCUUUUGCAUCCCCACCUGCUGCUUUGGCAUUGGCAAUGAUGGCUGCUGGUGCUGGUGGAGGUGAAACUACUGCUCCUGCAACAACUCAACAGCUGAGACGUGAUUCCUCUUUGCUUGAGAGAAAAACAGCCAAACUGCAUAGCUUUUCAAGCUUUCAACAAUCUUCAGAAGCUUCUAACAAAUCUCCAACUGUUCCGAGGGACAAGGCUGCAGCAAAAGCAGCUGCACUAGCUGUUGCACGAGAUCUUGAGCGCAGUGCAAAGAUUGGGUCUGGAAGAGGUCUCACUGCAGUGGCCAUGGCUACCUCUGCCCAACGAAGAAGUAGGAGUGACAUGGAGCGUGUGAAGAGAUGGAAUGUUUCUGAAGCCAUGGGAAUUGCCUGGCUUGAAUGUCUGCAGGAAGGUGAUACCAAAUCAGUUUAUGGGAAAGAUUUUAAUGCCCUAUCCUACAGAUUCAUUGCUGUCCUGGUUGGAAGUUUAGCUUUAGCAAGAAACAUGCAGCGAUCAGAGGCUGAAAGACGCAGACAAGUUGAUGUAAUAGCACGAAGUCGCCUGUACUGUGGAAUAUGUGAAUGGCGAAAGCUUGUCCACAGCUUGAUAGAGACCAAAUGCCUCUUUGGUCCAUCUGGUCUUCAUCUAUACAAAACCCAACAUGUUUACUGGAAGCUGGAUAAUAUGGAAACAUCUUCAAGAAUGAGAAGAUUCUUGAGAAGAAAUUACAGAGGCUCUGUUCAUUACGGAGCUGCUGCAAAUUUUGAUGAUCAGGAGCCUAGGCUAGAGAAAAUUAAGGCCAUCAGUCCUUCUAAAGCUUCGCUUGUAGUUGCAGAAGCCAUCUCGAUUGAGGAUUCAAUUGAGUAUGACGAGCAGGAGAUCUCAAUCUCAGAGGGUAGAGCGGAUGGCACUCAAAAGCAUGGAGACUUUCAGAAUGUACCAUCUACAACUUCUGAACAGCUGCUGCAGACAUCUAAAGAAUCUGUGAAUUCAGUGCUUGCUGCAGACCCAGACCCAAUGACAGUUCAUGGUUCCCCAGCAGUUUCUCUGGGGUACGUUCCUGGUGAAGAUGAUGGAAGGAUUGUUCUGGAGCUUCCAUCAUCAAUGGUCAGGCCAUUGAAGGUUUUAAGAGGAAUGUUUCAGAUAACUUCAAGAAGGAUCAAUUUUAUUAUUGAUAAUAAUGCUGAGAACAAUGCUGCUGUCAGUGGCCUUGACUGCAUAAUGGAGAAUAGGGUCCAAGAAAAGGAUCGAAGCUGGCCAAUCUCUUCUCUUCAUCACAUAUAUAGCAGAAGGUAUCUAUUGAGGAGAAGUGCAUUGGAAUUAUUUAUGGUUGACCGAUCAAAUUUCUUUUUUGAUUUUGGGAGUGCUGAAGCAAGAAAAAAUGCAUAUCGAGCAAUUGUACAAACACGCCCUCCUCAUCUGAACAACAUAUACCUGGCAACCCAGAGGCCUGAACAACUCUUGAAAAGAACUCAACUUAUGGAACGUUGGGCUCGAUGGGAGAUUAGCAACUUUGAAUAUCUAAUGCAACUAAACACACUGUCAGGUCGUAGUUAUAAUGACAUUACACAGUAUCCUGUUUUCCCUUGGAUUCUAUCUGAUUACAGUUCAAGCAGAUUGGAUCUUGACAAUCCUUCUUGUUACCGUGACCUCUCAAAGCCUGUUGGCGCGCUGAAUGCUGACAGACUAAAGAAGUUUCAGGAGAGGUACUCUACUUUUGAUGAUCCAGUCAUACCGAAAUUUCACUAUGGUUCACACUACUCUACUGCUGGAACAGUCAUGUAUUUUCUCGUUAGAUUGGAACCUUUUACUACUUUAUCGAUUCAGCUACAAGGUGGGAAGUUUGAUCACGCGGACAGAAUGUUUUCAGAUAUUGCUGGUACAUGGAAAGGAGUUCUUGAGGAAAUGAGUGAUGUGAAAGAGUUGGUUCCAGAGCUGUUUUAUCUUCCAGAGGUAUUCACCAAUGAUAACUCUAUUGAUUUUGGCUCAACACAACUAGGGGAAAAGCUUGAUUCUGUUCGGCUUCCGCCUUGGGCUGAAAGUCCAGUUGAUUUCAUUCAUAAGCAUCGGAUGGCACUUGAGAGUGAGCAUGUCUCAGCACAUUUACAUGAAUGGAUCGAUCUAAUUUUUGGGUACAAACAACGAGGAAAAGAAGCUAUAUUGGCGAAUAAUGUUUUCUUUUAUAUUACUUAUGAAGGGACUGUGGACAUUGACAAAAUCACAGACCAAGUCCAACAGCAAGCUACACAAGAUCAGAUUGCUUAUUUUGGACAAACACCAUCGCAGCUGCUAACAGCCCCUCACAUGAAAAGGAUGCCGCUUAAAGAAGUUCUUCACCUACAGACUAUCUUCAGGAAUCCCACUGAUGUUAGGUCAUAUACAGUUCCUUAUCCUGAGCGCUGCAACCUACCUGCUGCUGCAAUCCAUGCUUCUUCAGACUCGCUUGUAAUUGUUGAUUCAAGUGCUCCAGCUGCACACAUAGCACAACAUAAAUGGCAGUCAAAUACACCUGACGGCCAAGGCACUCCUUUUCUUUUUCAACAUGGAAAGCCUGGUGUCAGCUCUGCUGGUGGAGCAUUCAUGCGUAUGUUCAAGGGUGGGACUACUGGUUCUAGUUUAGAGGAGUGGAAUUUCCCUCUUUCUAUGACAUUUCCAGCUUCUGGAAUCAAAAGCUCUGCGAUAGUUUCUAUCAUUAGUGACAAGGAAAUGAUCAUGGGUGGGCAUGUUGACAACAGCGUCAGACUGAUAUCUGCAGACACAGCAAAAACCUUGGAAAUUGCUAGAGGACACUGUUCUCCUGUCACCUGCCUGGCCACUUCUCCCGAUAGCAACUAUCUUGUGACGGGUUCUCGUGAUGCAGCAGUUCUACUUUGGAAAAUACAUAAGUUCUCAACUUCCCUCGCGCCCAACAUAUCAUCAGACUCCUCCACUAUUGACCCUACCACGCCAGCUGGUAAUAUGACGGGAAAAAGCUCUUUGGAAAAGAGGCAUCGGAUUGAGGGUCCCAUACAUGUUCUAAGGGGUAACCUGGGAGAAAUAUCAUGUUGCUGUGUCAAUUCAGAUCUUGGAAUUGUUGUUUCAUGUUCCAACUCAUCAGACGUCUUGUUGCAUUCGAUCAGGAGGGGAAGGUUAAUCAGAAAGUUAGUUGGUGUGGAAGCUCAUAAUGUUUGUCUGUCGUCUGAUGGAGUUAUAAUUACGUGGAACAGAGAUCUUAAGACUCUCAGCACCUUUACUCUAAAUGGAAUUCUUAUAACCAGGGCAUUUUUCCCUAUGUCUUGUAGUGUUGAAUGCAUGGAGGUUUCUGCCGAUGGGAAAAAUGUUAUAGUUGGGCUGAACCCAUCUUUGGAUUAUGACAAGUUCUCUGAUAAUAGCAGGAAUUCAUAUGAGGUCACAAGAGUGUCUUCUCAUCAUGGUGACAGUAAUGAUGAGCACAAACUUGAUAUCUCCUUACCAUCGAUUUGCUUUGUUGAAAUUUAUAGUCUAAAGGUCUUUCACACUAUGAAACUGGGUGAGGGUCAAGAUAUUACAGCUUUGGCACUGAACAAAGAUAACACAAACCUUCUGGUAUCCACCGCUGACAAAAAGUUGUUAAUCUUCACAGAUCCUGCUUUGAGCUUAAAGGUGGUUGAUCACAUGCUUAAGCUAGGUUGGGAAGGCGAUGGGCUCAGCCCACUAGUCAAAUGAGCAUCUCACAUUGAACCCUUUUCUUGAAUGUGGAAGAAGAAUUUGAACCCAAGUGGUAUGUAUAGAAACUACGGACAGCAAGCAGAAGAUAUAAUCAGGAUGAGUGGUGAACAUCUGACUGAACCCAACGGCUGAACUGUAUCUGUAAACUAUUUCUAGGAAGGUGCUCUGGAUUGGAUUGGUCACCUGUCCAGUUUAUAAAACUCUAGCUAUUCCACGUGCAGCCUCUCAUUAGCAGUUUUUUACUAUUCCGCAGAAGCUUUGAUGUGGUGGUGUCUUCAUUAAAGUUGUGUAUAUUUCUUCAAAUUUUGUAACAAAUGAUUUUCAUUCUAGAGUUGCAAUGCAGGCAUAGCGUAUCGUUCCCUGCAAUUUUUUUUGCAUUCUUGUAAGGAAAAAUUCACACAAAUAAUCCCAACUAUUCAUGAUCUUCUCAUAUUAAUCCCAAUUUUAAGUAAUUCCAAUAUAAUCCCAAUUAUACAGUGCA